AUUAUUUGUAUUUCAAUAAAUUUGAAAAUAUGAUUGUACAACUAUUUGAAGCUCUCAUAAGAGAUAUAAGAGCGACUCUCAUAUUCAGCGAAGUCUACCUGCGAUUAAAGAGAUGUGAAUUAAGUAACGAAUCGGUGAUCAGUUUGUUUCGGCAAACUGUCAGAAAAAAUGGCCACAAAAUUGCCAUUAAGUUUAAUGAGCAAAACUGGACGUUUACACGACUCGAUCAAUUCUCCAACAAAAUCGCUAAUUAUUUCCUAUCAAUGGGUUUGAAAAGUGGCGACGAAGUGGCUCUUAUGAUGGAUAAUAAGCCAGAAUUUAUAGGCAUUUGGUUGGGUUUGGCUAAAGCAGGGAUUAUCACCGCUUUUAUUAACUUUAACUAA